AUGGAGCAGCUUGGUCAAGAGGGUUUCCGUUUCCGUCCCACCGAUUCAGAAGGACUUACGUACUUGUUGAGAUUCGUCGCUGGACAAGAGUUGCAUGAUGCUGGAUUUAUUACCACUAACGUUGACGUCUAUGGCAAACAAGAACCUUGGGAGAUUUACGACGACGGAGUACCCUGUGGUGAUGAUGAGGACAACACCAGUUAUCGCUAUUUCAUCACAAAGCUGAAGAAGAAAAGCAACGCGAGGUAUCAUCGUUCUAAUUGUGAAGGGAGUUGGGCACAGCAGAAUAAAGGCAAGAAAAUUCUUGUUGAAGAUGGAAGUCUGAUUAUUAGGUAUAAAAGAAGCUUGAGUUACAAGAACAAGAAAGACUCCUCUUUGAAUGGCCGUUGGUUGAUGAUGGAGUAUUUCUUGGCUGACUCUCUUCUUCAGGAAUUGAAAUAUGAGGAAGCAAAAAUGUUUGUAAUAUGUGCGAUUAAGAAGAACCCCGGAUCAAAAAUCAGAGGAAACACCAAUGCUACUAUUUCAGAGUAUAAGAGGUUAAUUGAUCGUGUCAUGCAAGAAGGGAGUAUUAUGAUUUUCUCUAAGAACAGUCCUAUGAUGUUGGAGAGCACUUCCUCUAAUGUUUUCUCUAUGGGACAAUUAGAACAAAAUAAUGGAAUGCUGGUUCAGACUGAUUCUGAUGAAUUCUUUGGAAUGGUGAACGUGGAAAAUCAAGAAUGCUAUUAUCAGGAAGGUUUCUUGGAAGAAUUUGAUUGGGAUUCUGUUUUGGAUUUUGAUAAUCAUGGUUUUAUGCAGAAUGACUUGGUUUACUAA